AUGGCUUCAGUGUAUCAUCUGUAUGAAGAGGUUGUCCAUAUCGAAGAUGAUAUAGUGAUGAAAUUCAAGCUUCAUGCUGUAACAGCUAAGAAAGAUCAUUUCGCAGCAACAAAAAUACAGAGUGUUUUUCGAGGUUAUGUGGUGCGUAAAGAGAUGAAAAAAUUAAAUAUGGCGGCUACCCUUAUACAAAAACACGUGAGAGGGUGGCUCCUGAGGUAUCAUAUGCCUGAUAUUCUGCAGGAAUAUCAUGACAUGGUUUGUUUCAAAUACUAUAACGGGAUGGCUACAAGAAUACAAGCCCGAUGGAGAGGAUAUAAGGUUCGAAAAUAUGAGAUUUGCAUAAAAGACCACCUAGAGGAGCAAGAGCAGAUGAAAAAAGCCAAUGAAGAUAUGCAAAAAGCUUUGACCCAACAGCGCAGCCAAGGAGGCAAUGGAUCUGGUGUAAUGGAUUUUGAGAAAGAAAAAAUCAAAAUUGAAAAAAUUUUGAAAUGUAUCUUCAAUCGUCAUCAUUUACUGAGGACUCAACAAAAGGGUGGCGUACUUUCUAUUCAAGGGAAAGAUGAAUUGUCGGAGUUAGAGAAACUUUUGAAAUCUGUAUCUUGGACCGAUUACAUGAAGAAUCUCAGGAAGUUGUACAACCGAUUAUCCAAAGAGAAAAACGAAAAUCAGUACAAAUAUUCUGACAAGAAGUCAAGGAAACAGGAAGAUUUACUGAGAACAAAAGAACCGUCUGAUAUUUCUGUCCAAAAUGGAUAUCUCGAUAAAGAUAUCCACGAAAAACCCUUCAUAUUUUCAAGAAAAAUUGAAAGAGAACCGUACGAGAGAAAUAUCACGAAAACUGAAAAAUACAAGAAAGUUGAAACAAAAAUUCUUAGGACGUUCGACAAGAGUUUGAACAUCAGUGAACACGAUUUUGAUCUGACUGUACUGAAGAAAGCUGUCAAAGAAUCUGAUGUUCCUCCCUACUACAUUGACUUCUGGUUCCAGAAAUGUUUUAUACAUAGUUUGUGA